AUGACCGCAUUUACAUUAUUACAUAAUGACAUUAAUAAAGGAAAUAUUACUGAAUUAAAAGAACGGUAUGCUAUAGAUCAUAAAGCAGAUCUACAAGCAGAGAAGCUAGAUGAGCGUGAAAUUAGUCUAAUAUUUGAUAUCAAGCAUUUAAAACAGUUAGAUAUUAUUUUAAAAGAAUUUCAUAAGAAAUUUAAUAAAAUAAUUCCAUUAACAUGUGUAAACGAAGAAUUAGUUGAUAAUAGGGAAGCUCUUAUAGUCUAUGUAUAUGUCCCAGAAGAAACUCCUGUUAAUUUACCAUCCGAAUUCAUGGAAUACUCCACUCUCAUAAGUAUUAGCAGUUCAAGAUAUCUACCUGAUGCCUGUACACUAGGAGAAUCGUUUCAAAAUACAGAAGAGCAUGAUAAGAAAUUGUUAUUAACUACAAAACAUGGAUUUGAAAAGAAUGAUAGAAUUAAUAUUAGUUUAUGUGCUAAGCUGAUAAGAUAUCAUUUCUUGGGAGCUAAUCCUAUUCGUCAAUUUCUUGACUAUGCAUUUUGUAAAAUUGAAAAUGAUCACGAGAUCCCAAAAACAGGAAGCAAUAUUACCAUAAAAACUUCUGUAAGAUACAAUGAAAACUUUGUAUAG